UCGCACCUGCGCGGAACAGAUUUUGGAUUGAGGGGAAAACAAAAAUGGCGGAAGAGCAGGAGCUUCUGCAGUUAGAAAAUCUGUGCAAACAGUUGUAUGAAACAGCUGAUACCAAUCUACGCUCUGAAGCUGAGAAAGCCUUGAUACAGUUUGCUGAAUCACCUGACUGCCUCAACAAAUGUCAGUUAUUAUUGGAAAGAGGAAAUUCUCCUUAUGCUCAGUUAUUGGCAGCCACAACUUUGACAAAGCUUGUCUCACGUCCAAAUUUAACUUUGCCUUUAGAACAAAGAAUUGAUAUACGGAAUUACAUAUUAAAUUACUUGGCUACAAGACCAAAACUUGUUCAUUAUGUUCUACAGGCCUUAGUACAGUUAUUUGCCAGAAUAACCAAACUUGGUUGGUUUGAUGUACAAGAUGAAGGUUUUGUCUUCCGUAAUGUUGUGUCUGAUGUUACAAAGUUUAUUCAGAGUGGAUCAACCCAGCAUGUGAUGAUAGGUGUACAACUGCUGUCUCAGCUUGUCUGUGAAAUGAAUCAGCUUAGUGAGGCUGAGGCAAGUAGGUCAAUCAACAAGCACAGAAAGAUAGCUUCAUCAUUUCGAGAUACACAGCUAUUUGAAAUCUUUCAACUGUCGUGCUCACUUCUUCGUACUGCUGUUGGAAAUCUUAAAAGUAUGAACUUUACGGAUGAUAGUCAGCAUGGUUUAAUAUCAAGUGCAUUAAGAUUAGCCCACAACUGUCUAACAUUUGAUUUUAUUGGUACAUCCAAUGAUGAAUCUUCAGAUGAGCUGUGUACAGUACAAAUACCAACUAGCUGGAGAACAGCAUUUCUAGACCUGUCAACAUUAACCUUGUUUUAUGAGCUGUAUUCUGGUUUACCUGCAACUCUCUCAUCAAUGUCAUUAUCAUGUAUAGUACAAAUAGCAUCAGUAAGGAGAUCAUUAUUCAAUGGAACAGAAAGAUCACAGUUUUUAAAUCAAAUUGUUGUUGGUGUGAGGAAUAUAUUAGAAAACCCACAGGGUUUAUCAGAUCCUAGUAAUUACCAUGAAUUCUGUCGUCUGUUAGCAAGACUGAAAUCAAAUUACCAGCUAGGAGAACUUGUCAAAGUGGAAAACUACUCUGAUACCAUCAAACGCAUUGCAGAAUUUACAGUUACCAGUUUACAGCAAAUGUGGCAGUUUGCCCCAAACAGUGUUCAUUACCUUUUAAGUUUGUGGCAGAGGAUGGUGGCAUCUGUUCCAUAUGUGAAAGCCACAGAACCUCACAUGUUAGAAACCUACACUCCAGAAGUGAUGAAGGCUUAUGUCAUGUCUCGUCUGGAGUCAGUUACUGUCGUAGUCAAGGAUGGUUUAGAUGACCCUUUAGAUGAUUCUGGAAUGAUUACACAACAACUAGACCAAAUAUCCAGUAUAGGUCGAUGUGAAUAUGACAAAACAUGUGCCCUGUUAGUACAGCUAUUUGAUGAAGCCGCUCAGAGAUACCAGGAAUUAGUGUCAGCAGGGUCACCAGGGGCUGAACUAACCAUACAAGAAGGUCGUCUAUCUUGGUUGGUGUAUAUAAUUGGUGCUGUGAUAGGAGGAAGGGUGUCUUUUGCCAGUACAGAUGAACAUGAUGCUAUGGAUGGGGAGUUAGCAUGCAGGGUUUUACAAUUGAUGAAUCUAACAGACACAAGAAUAGCUCAGGGAGGUUGUGAAAAACUAGAUCUCGCAAUACUUAGUUUCUUCGAACAAUUUAGAAAAAUUUAUGUGGGUGAUCAAGUGCAUAAAAUGUCCAAGGUUUAUAGGAAACUAUCAGAAGUUUUAGGACUAAGUGAUGAAUCUAUGGUAUUAAGUGUUUUUAUAGGCAAAAUAAUUACUAAUCUAAAAUACUGGGCCAGGAGUGAGCAGAUCAUAUCAAAAACACUGCAGCUACUUAGUGAUCUCUCCGUAGGAUACAGUAGUGUUAGAAAACUUGUGAAAUUAGAAGCCGUCCAAUUCAUGUUAAAUAAUCAUACUAGUGAACAUUUUCCAUUCCUUGGUAUAAACACAACCAGCACAACCAUGGCAGACAUGAGAUGUCGAACAACUUUUUAUACUGCUCUUGGCAGGUUGUUACUUGUUGAUCUCGGUGAAGAUGAAGACAAAUUUGACCAGUUUAUGAUGCCGUUAACAGCUGCUUUUGAAGCUGUAGGAAACAUGAUGUCUGAUGUCAAUAUACAACUCAAGUCAGAAGAAGCAAAGAGAUCACUAGUAGGCUUAGCCAGAGAUUUAAGGGGAUUAGCCUUUGCUUUUAACACAAAGACUAGUUUUAUGAUGCUGUUUGACUGGAUAUAUCCAGCCUAUACUCCUGUAUUACAUAGAGCCAUAGAACUUUGGUAUCCACAGCCAUGUGUUACAACACCUAUAUUAAAACUUGUCACAGAGUUAGCUCAAAGCAGGUCACAAAGAUUAAUGUUUGAUGUCUCAUCACCAAAUGGUUACUUAUUGUUUAGAGAAGUUAGUAAAAUGAUUGUCAGUUAUGGUUCCAGAGUUCUUUCCUUAGGUGAUGUUCCAAAGGACCAGAUUUAUUCAAUGAAAUUAAAAGGAAUAUCUAUAUGUUUUUCAAUGUUAAAGGCAGCUUUAUGUGGAAAUUAUGUGAAUUUUGGUGUGUUCAGAUUGUAUGGAGACGAUGCAUUAGAUGAUGUUUUAAAUAUGUUUGUUAAAUUAUUGUUAUCUGUAUCUCAACGAGAUUUAAUGGAUUACCCUAAACUAAGUCAGAAUUAUUAUGGUUUAUUAGAAUGUUUAGCCAAUGACCAUAUGUCCUUCAUUAGUAACUUAGAACCUCAGGUUUUUCUGUAUAUAUUGUCCACGAUAUCAGAAGGAUUAACUGCAUUAGAUACCAUGGUAUGUACAGGUUGCUGUGCCACAUUAGAUACAGUCAUCACUUAUUUAUUUAGAAGACUGACGAGUAAGAAGAAGAAAAGUUCCCCUGGAGCAGUCAGUGAUAGUGAAGCAUUCCUUAGAAUUUUAGAACUACAUCCAGACAUUCUCCAACAGAUGUUGUCUACAGUGUUGAAUAUCAUUAUGUUUGAAGACUGUAGAAAUCAGUGGUCCAUGUCACGUCCAUUACUAGGUUUAAUAUUACUUAAUGAAAAUUAUUUCAACAAAUUAAGAGACAAUAUUAUAUCCAAUCAACCAAAUGACAAACAACAGAGUAUGGCUCUAUGUUUUGAAAAUUUAAUGAAUGGAAUAGAUAGAUCACUUUUAUCUAAAAAUAGAGAUAGAUUUACACAGAAUUUGUCAAUGUUUCGACGAGAUGUGAAUGACUCUUUGAAGGCUCCCGGUGGGUCAAGUCCAUCACCGUCACCCUCAUUAGACAUGAUGAAUUGUGGGUGACUAGGCCUGUGAUAAUCAUCCAAUCAUUUCAUCUUGUGUUUCUGUGAAAGGGAGAUAAUUUAGCUGAAGAUCAAAGACUGUAUACCUGUUGGAAGAUUGUGAUAUUUGUUUAAAUGUCUACAGCAACAGAUACCAGGACUAGAAAAUUUUAUGUGUUAUAGUGCAUAUUGCAGAAAAACUAGACUCAGAUUGCCACUCGGUGCGUUCUGAUAUAAAGUAACUGGAUGUCUUAAUGUGAAGAUAUAUUUCAGUUUCAGUGUAAAUCACAGAUUUUUACCAACUUUAAAGGGACACUCUGAAUUUCAUGUGGGAUUUUUUUAAAAGAUUCUACAGUCCUAGGGUCAUACACCAUUAAUAACAAAAAUCAUUAUUUCUACUCAGCAAGAUACAAAUGAUCUCAUUACUUUAAAAGGAAGUAUCAUACAUAUGUAUUAGAAUAUGCUAGAUCGUCUCAAAACUGUUUUAUUAUACCAGUCUACCUAUGUUAAACUGCAUGGUUAUCUACUUUUGGAAUGAGCAAAUAAAUAAGUUUUAAUUGUGUUUACAAUGCAAGGCUUUUUAGUUAAAUUCUAAAUAUAAAUUAUAAAUUGUCCUCAAAACAUAUUUAGACCAACUUUUGUCAAUUAAACAUAUGGAUAUUUUAUUCUAAACAAUAGAAUUUAUAAAUUUGAAAAUUUGUAGAUGUAGCUUUUGAUUUGUUCUUUUGUUUGACCUUUGUCUGUUUAUUUACAAAUAAAUAAACAGUGAUGUUUUGAAGCCUUGCAAGAAGAAACCUUGAUAAGAAUUUAUCUAAAUAGUUAUACCUCUUGAGACUUGUCUGUGUUAAAGCGACUAUAGUCAGACCAACAAAUGUAUCCCACCGAUUUAGUAUGUUAUUAGCUGUAUAUAGUUUAUUUUUCUUACUAACUUUUAAACAGUAGAGCUAUUACAACAAAAUGAUUAUAAUCUUCCUAUUGUCAACUUUUUAUAUUUUCAAAAUAACUUGAAAUUUUGUUCUGAGUGUGUGUGCAUGUCUUCUUGCACAUGUAAAAUACUUCGUUUUCAAGGCAUAGAAAAAUAGAGAUGAAUUUGAAUAUCAUAAGAAAUUUGUUUUCAAGGGCUAUUUCAAUAACAUUUACAUGAGGAUGCUCAAUAGUGUAUGAUAAUUAUUAUUUUGGUUUGGAGGUUCAAACACUAAACUCUUUUUCAAAUUUGCAUUAACAGUGGGCAUUUCCGUUGAAUAUUUAAUAAUACACACAAUAAAAUAAUAUGAUAAAUUGGAUUAUUCAGUGGCGGGUUGAAGGUGAUGGGUAUUUCUACUUAAUUUUUUUUCAGUCCCUCAAUUUCCUAUCUUGUUCCAUUUGAGAGGCAGUUGGUGCUCGGUAAAUUUUAUUGCCAUGUUGGUUUUAGGUACAAUUGGUGCAGGGAUUGGGAGUAUUAACUAAAGUGCUGAAUGUUUAUGAUAAUAGUGCUAUAUUUGUAAUAAUAGAAAAUGUACUUAACGUGAAAUCCAUUUCACAGAGAAAUAUACACCUUGAUUGAUAUGUAUUUGAGAUAUAUUAAAAUCUAUUUUUAAGGGUUGUUCUAUUAUUAAUCAAUAGUCUACAGUAUCAUCAAAACUUACUCAAAAUGAACACAGUGCCAACAAAACAUCUACAUAGUUUUUAUGUAUGUAAAAAAUGCGCCGCUAACAACAAAAAAUAGAUGAAAAAAGUAGAAGUUAGCCUUGUGGUUCUGGAUGUAUAAAGGUGUUGUGGUUGUUAUGAAAAUUCAAAUGUUUUUCAUGCUUCUCUAUUAUUGCAAAAUUUGAAAGACUCAAUCAGUUGUUCUGCUGACUCUUUUAUUGCAUAGGAAAUGAAACCUUUUCUUAAGAAUCAGUACCUUUUUAUUUUGAUAUUUAAACUUUUGCAACGUGAUGAACUGUCCCUUUAAUAAAUGCAAAAGCUAUUGUUCCCUGCAAAGUUUAUUCAGUGAAUCAACUUCUACUUUAUCAGCAGAAAGCAAUAGCUAUAGUAUUAUUCAUUAGGACAACUCACGUUCCAAAAAUGUUGAUGCCCAAAUGAAGUGGUAUAGAUUCUUGGGAAAGGUGGUAUAUACAGCCUUACAUUUGAAAAAUACUCUUCAGAUAUACAGACUUCAAUAGUAAAAAGGCACAUUAAUAUCAAGUUAUUGCUUCAUGAUUCUUGUUGUAUUGCUUUAUAGGACUGAUUUAUUAAUACUUUUAUCUGUAAUUAAGCAAUCAACAAAAGAUCAACUUUAAGCUAGAUAAUUUUUUUAUGCAAUUUCAUUUCAAAAAAGUGUAUUUGUAUAAUUUUGUGUUUUUUCCGAGCAAAUAGUGCCUUGUCUGUAGUAACAAUCAUUUUUUGCAGAAACAUCUCAUUUGUGCAUGCAAAUUUGCAAAAAUGAUGGAAGUAAAAUGAAAUGUAUGUUUCAAUGUAUAAAAGUACAGAUUUACACAUUUCCAAUAUUUAUUUGUUAAAAAUUAUCUUUGACCGUUUGUGUACCAUUUUGAUAUAAGUAAGUAAUUAUAUUCUCAUUUGAUAUCAAAAUGACAAUGUUUUUCUCUCUUAAUUAGACAAAAGGCAACAUCAUUAAGAUAUUUUUUUAUUAAAGAACAUCUUUAAUCUUCUGCUUUGUAUGUAUUUUGAAGAAAUUAACCAUAUAAGAAUUUGUUUGAAUAUGCUAAUACAAUGUAUUUCUGAUUGUCACAACAGAAUUAUUUAAUUUAAUAUUGAUUUCACAAAAAAACAUACCCUCCUUUGGACUCAUUUGUAAAUUGAAAAGGACAGUUUCCUGUUAACAUUCCCGGAUCUUGAUGUUUCUAAAGGCAGUUGACAAAAUGAGAUAAAACCAGCCCUUGUAGUCAUAAAACUUUUGUAUAAGAUUAUUGUUCUCUGGCCAAGGCAACAAUCAAUUGAAAAAACUGGUCUUAUUGUUUGGAUCACAAAUUUUGUACUCCCUAAUUUAUGACCAAAAGCAGAGUGCUCAGUUUUACAAGAAUUUAACAUUUUUGAUAUCUUUGGAUGAUUUAGAUUAUAUAGCUGUCAUUUUCAAGUAUAUACAUGAGCCAAAUUAUUAACCGACCGAACAAACAAAAACUUGAUAGAAGUAAUUAAAAUGAACUGCUUUAUGUUUGAAUAUGUUAAUCAGAUAACUGGUGGUGUGGUAGUAAUACAUUUCACUUUUUUCUGUACAUUUUGACUGCAUCAUGUGACUUCAUCAUGUGACAGCAUCAUGUGAUAGGAUAUAAAUGUGUGUAUAGAAAGUUAUACAUGUCAUGUGUUCAUUUCAUAGUGAUUGCAGUUUGUUGUACAAAUUCUGUUGUUUAAUAUAGUAUGUUUGUAUUUGAAUGUAUGAUUUGAAAGUUGUUUAUUUGUUAUUUGUUAAAGCAUGGUUUUGUGGUUGAAUGGAUUUUAAACGGAAAGUAUGUUUUCAUUGACUUGUGACAUUUAAACAUUUGCGGUAGGAAUUUUCAAUUUGGGUAAAGUAAAAAGUAAAAAAAGAAAUUUCAAAAUUAUUUGUUAAAAUUCAGAAGAGUCUUUAAAUAGACAAUUUUUUUUUUGGAUGAUAAUUCAUGGGUCAUACCAAACUACUGGAAUGCCCAAGUUAUGUCCAGGCUUUUAACCAUAGUGAUUUGACAAGUUACAAUUUACAACUGUCCCAAUAUUUUGAACAAAACCAGUUCGGAAUAUUUUUUAAUCGUACCCUGUCUAAAUCCCAUUUAUUAAUACUGCCAGAAGUGAAAGAUAGCAGUCAUUGCUGUAAACAUAAAUUUAUGAAAAAAAUUACUUGGUUAUUAUUAUUAAUAUACUUAGGUGUCGAUAUGAAGAACCAUAACUAUAUCUUGAAUUCAAAUUUUUUAAUGCUCACAUCAAAGAAAAUAUUUUAUGUAAUAUUUGUGAAUAUUAUUUAUUCAUACAUUCUAUCAAAUCCAAAUAACUGAAAUUUCAUAUAAAUAUUCAACAUGUUUUAGUUGCUUGACUUGUAAAUGCCAAGUUGCCAACACUUAGCUAGGUAUUGCAGUACUGCAAGCUUAUUGCCAAUGUUUGGGUCUCUCUAGAAAUUAAAUUCUAAUCAGAGGUAAAUCUGUAUUUUUAAAGAUUACAUUUUUAUAGAGACAUUUUCAUGACUGACAUUAUGUUGUGUACCUAAGUGACAAAGAAUAAAAGAGAUGAAAAUAUGGAUUAUAUUUGAAUGUAUGGGGAAAGGGAUUUUGUUAUGAGCUGGGGGAAAUAAAUUUUUGUAAAACAUG